AGGUGUUCAAAUUAAAGUUGAAAUACAUUUACAUUUGUAAAAGAAACUGUUUAGCUCUUUCUGGACAUAUCCCAAACAUAUCCACGUUAGUGUUGGCAAGGUUUCAUUGCUUGUUCUUUUAAAAUGUGACGGCAAGUUUGAUUAGUCUGGUAUAUUUUAGCUCUUUCCGUUUCAAUCACAGAUUACUAUGAAAGCGUUUGCCAUUAUACGUCUUUCCUAGUGUUUCAUGAUGAUUUGGGAUGUAUCCUAAGGGACAUAUGGCUGUUACAUACAAGUGCAUUUUCAGCAUUCAUACUCUAAGGGCCGCUAUUGGACAAGAUUCGUGUAGAAUGAAGCUGAAAACAACACAAAAUCCCUCCUACUUACCGUUUUAUUAAUGAGGGAACAACGAUUUAUUUUUGCUGUUCUGACAAGAGCAGACUGCAUCAGAUUCUGCUUUUCCGUUACAUGAAGCUUUACAUUUCACAAUUUUUCUAUUUAACGAUAAUCAGAGGAUCACGUCGCUGUCAGUAUGGUUUAUUUGCGCUCGUGUGUUGCUUCUUGGCAUCGUCGGAUGACUACAGCACCGCUAAAAUGGCAGACUGUGUUUUUUAUUUUCUGUGUUUACGGGAUGGACUUCGUCUUUUGUCAAGCGCGAUAUUCAAUUCCAGAGGAGACUCCAGAGGGAUCAUUUGUAGGCAACAUCGCCAACGAUUUGGGAAUAGAGAUAAGUAGACUUAUUUCUGGAAAAGCUCGGGUUGUAACAAAGGGCGGCCGGCAAUAUGUCGAACUGAGCAGAGACAAAGGCACCCUCGUAGUGAAGGAGAGGAUAGACCGAGAGGAGCUCUGCAAGCAAACAACGCCCUGCAGCUUCAGCUUUGAUCUGAUCAUGGAAAACCCCAUAGAACUGCACCGGGUGACUGUGGAGGUUCAAGAUGUAAAUGACAAUGCACCUAAAUUUCCUAAAGGUACUGUCAAUUUACAAAUUAGUGAGAACACAGAAACGGGGACGCAAUUUCUUUUAGACAGCGCUGUAGAUUUGGAUGUAGGAGUAAAUGGUAUUGAAAGUUAUUUGAUUAGUCAGACGGAUCAUUUCAAGUUGAAAAUAAAUAAUGAAGCUGACGGCAGUAAACAUGUAGAAAUGUUGCUGCAGCGCGAACUGGACCGAGAAGAACGUGAUGAGCUAAAAUUAGUUCUGACUGCAUAUGAUGGAGGAUCACCUAAAAAAUCAGGCACAAUGCAAAUUCAUAUUGCUGUAUUAGAUGUGAAUGAUAAUGCCCCGGUGUGUAAACAAUCAGUUUAUAAAGCGGAAAUCAUAGAAAAUUCCCCCACUGGUACAGUCGUGACUGCAGUAAGCGCCACUGAUGCUGAUGAAGGAAUAAACGGUCUAGUCUCAUACUCGAUUGCUCAGGCAAGUGUAGAAGCCAGGAAUGUUUUUGACAUAAACACGGAAACAGGCACGAUUACAACUUUACAACGUUUAGAUUACGAGAACGAAAUAGGUUAUCAACUAAAUAUUAAGGCAAUGGACAAAGGUGGGCUAAAAGAUAUAUGUAAAGUGAUUAUAGAUGUCAUUGAUGAAAAUGAUAAUUCUCCAUCUAUACAGCUUAUGUCAUUUUCAAACGUCAUUCCAGAAAAUUCUCCAGUCGGAACAACCGUGGCUGUAAUUAAUGUAGAAGACGCAGAUUCGGGUAAAAAUGGGCUCGUGCAGUGUAAAAUCAAUGAAAACAUGCCGUUUAGAAUAGAAUCGUCGUUUUCUGAUUACUAUGCAUUAAUUUCAGAUGAAACUCUUGAUCGAGAAACUAUUGCUGAAUACAACAUAACCAUUCUGGUAUCCGAUCAAGGAAUUCCUGCACAACUCAAUAACAAAACGAUCAAUGUUAAGAUUUCCGAUGUGAAUGAUAAUCCACCCGUAUUCAGUUCUAACGAGUAUAAAACAUUAGUUACUGAAAACAACUCUCCGGGUGUGGCUGUGCUGACUGUAAAAGCGAGCGAUGCUGACUGGGGACCAAAUGCACGGCUGUCGUAUUUUUUAGAGGAUCGUAAUAUACAGGGCAACCCAGUGAGUUCUUUAGUCUCAGUAAAUUCAGAGAGCGGGGUUAUACAUGCAAUCAAGGCCUUUGAUUAUGAGCAAAUGAAAACUUUCAGCUUUAAUGUGACAACCCGAGACGGAGGGUCGCCUCCUUUAAGUUCUGAAGUCACAGUGACGAUCAUCGUUGAUGAUCAGAAUGACAACGCUCCUCAGGUUCUCUACCCAGUACAGACUGGUGGCUCUGUGGUGGCUGAGAUUGUGCCUCGUUCAGCAGAUGUCGGCUAUCUGGUCACUAAAGUGGUGGCUGUUGAUGUGGACUCUGGACAGAAUGCUUGGCUCUCCUACAAACUCCAGAAAGCCACAGACAGGGCGCUGUUUGAAGUGGGAGCGCAGAAUGGAGAGAUACGAACUGUCCGCCAGGUCACUGAUAAAGAUGCUGUCAAACAAAAGCUCACUGUAGUUGCGGAGGAUAACGGACAGCCAUCUCGCUCAGCUGUAGUGAACAUCAAUGUAGCUGUAGCGGACACUUUCCCUGAAGUGCUCUCAGAAUUCACCGACUUUACGCACGCCAAACAAUAUAACGAUGACCUCACCUUUUAUUUAGUUUUAGCAUUAGCUGCUGUUUCUUUCCUUUUCAUCACAACUGUAGUAGUUAUAAUAUCAGUAAAGAUCUACAGGUGGAGACAAUCACGCGUCUUCCAUCACUCCGAUCUCCCAGUUAUUCCGUACUAUCCUCCCGGUUACGCAGACACAGGAGUUACUGGAACGCUGCCGCACAUGUAUAAUUAUGAUGCUUGUAUGACGACUGACUCGAGGAAGAGUGGCUGUAAAUAUUCUACACUUGGAGGACAAAGUGUUUUAGUGAUGGACCCAAAUUUUGCAGAAACUAUGCAGCGCGCGAUGAGAGAAAAAGAAUUCCAGCAAGACUCAGAGUCACCGGAAGUGGUAAGGGAAUAAUAUUUCAAUUUAAAGCAUGUCAACGUUCAUGUGAAAUAUGUCUUGAAAGAGAUAUGUACGGGACAUGUGAUUGUUCUAAAUUCAGUGUACAUUUUUUACGCGUAUAUUAGGUCUUGACUUCUUUCAGAAAUACUCUGCUCUAACGUCUAUGAAAUAUUCUUUGACUUAAUUUCAAGUGUCACAUUUCUUUCAGUCGUCUUACAGUACACUGCACUUGAUUUACCCCAUCUUAUCAACAACUUAUUUGUUGAAUACUGUACUGUAAUCGAUUACGGUCAAAAGCUUGUGUUCUCCCAAACUUGUACAUCCUAAUAACUUUUUCCGUGAGUCGCUUAACUCUGCACGUGAACUAGUAUACCAUCAUUGAGCAUGCGCAGUAAGAACCAGUGAGAACAAAGGAAAUAUAUGCAACGUCAAAUGUUUACUUAACACAAGUAAAUAUAAUAGUAGAUGUAAAUAAUGGAAAUCUGAAAUAUGGCUCAUACAAGCAAUAAAGACAUUACUCGCUGACUUUUCUAAAAAGUUAUUUCAUUUUUCCUUUGUAAUGAGCAUUCAAAGCGUUCGUUCACAGUUCAGUGUUUAAUAUUAUAAUAUUCAUUAAUAAACAGCAUAUUGUUUAUACAUAAGUUUUAAAUAGAACUGGAUAUCUAAUUGCCAGAAAUUACUGAAAUUUAUAUUUAAUAACGUAUAAAAAUAGUUUACAUUUUAUCCUAUAAUCAGUUUCAUCUUUAAUUAACCUGUUUCACUUGAGUAAUGUUAUUUAACAUUUGGGAAAUGCUGUUGUGC